CCUGCAGUUUGGGAGCCAGACUGGAACUCCUUCCAUCUGCAUCCCAGGACAUUCAGGAAUUUGGAUGGACUCCACAGGAAGGCUUUACAGAGCACUUAAUCAAGGGCUCCGGAGGCUACGUUUCAGGAAAGCUCUCUUGGAUCCAAGAUAAAGGCGGGGUGUAAAAUAGAAAACAAGAGUUGCCUGACUCAGAGAGGUCCUCUGAUUUCCUCUGCGCUCCAGACGGCACCUCUCCCAGCUUAAACAGCCCGGUACCAUGGCUCUGGAGCAGAACCAGUCAGUGGAGUACUAUUAUGAGGAGAAUGAGAUGAACUACACUCACGACUACAGCCAGUACGAAGUGAUCUGCAUAAAAGAAGAGGUCAGGCAGUUCGCAAAAGUCUUCCUGCCUGCUUUCUUCACGGUAGCCUUUGUCACCGGGCUCGCAGGGAACUCCGUAGUUGUGGCGAUUUACGCCUAUUACAAGAAACAGAGGACCAAGACCGAUGUGUACAUUCUGAACCUGGCUGUAGCGGACUUGUUACUUCUGAUCACGCUGCCUUUCUGGGCAGUUAAUGCAGUUCACGGAUGGAUUCUAGGCAAAAUGAUGUGCAAAGUAACGUCAGCCCUGUACACGGUAAACUUUGUCUCUGGGAUGCAGUUCCUGGCUUGUAUCAGCAUUGACAGAUAUUGGGCAAUCACCAAGGCCCCCAGCCAAUCAGGAGCGGGGAGACCCUGUUGGAUCAUCUGUUGCUGUGUGUGGAUGGCCGCCAUCUUGCUGAGCAUACCCCAGCUGGUUUUUUACACAGUGAAUCAGAAUGCUAGGUGCACUCCCAUCUUUCCCCACCACCUAGGAACAUCCCUUAAAGCAUCCAUUCAGAUGCUGGAAAUCGGCAUCGGCUUUGUGGUCCCGUUUCUCAUCAUGGGAGUGUGCUAUGCCAGUACCGCCAGGGCGCUCAUCAAGAUGCCCAACAUUAAAAAGUCUCGCCCCCUCAGGGUUCUGCUCGCGGUGGUGGUGGUUUUCAUUGUCACCCAGCUGCCCUAUAACAUUGUUAAGUUCUGCCAAGCCAUAGAUGCCAUCUACCUGCUGAUUACCAGCUGCGAUAUGAGCAAGCGCAUGGAUGUCGCCAUCCAAGUCACAGAGAGCAUGGCGCUCUUCCACAGCUGCCUCAACCCCAUCCUGUAUGUCUUCAUGGGGGCCUCCUUCAAAAACUAUAUCAUGAAAGUGGCCAAGAAAUAUGGAUCCUGGAGAAGACAGAGACAGAACGUGGAGGAAAUUCCUUUUGAUUCUGAGGGUCCUACAGAGCCAACCAGUUCUUUUACCAUUUAAAUAUAAAACUGCUCUCUGCCUCUGCUUUUUGCUUGGAGACACACACACACACACACACACACACACAAGAGUGAUGUUUCCUCCUCAAAUAAAAUAUUUGUGCUACACCGAGAUCCAACCAUCAAACACCAAAUAUUGUUGUUGCAAUUUAUAACAAAGAAGGAGUAAGGGGUGGGGCGGGGUAAGGAAGACAGACGCCAGAGAGUAAACAAGUGGGCAAAGUGUGGAAACUAAAUCUAAUGACAGGAAAACAGCUUGGCAGGAGGGAGAAACAACGCAUUGUGCCACAAAGAGGAAGUCUGUGUGUGUGUGU